AUGACGACAAAGGAGUUUUCACUCCAGUUACUAAAAGAAAUUACGGAUAAUUUUUCUGAGAAGCACAUCAUUGGUCAUGGUGGCUAUGGAGUAGUUUACAAGGGAGUGCUGGCUGAUGGGGAAGAGAUUGCUCUCAAAAGGCUUUAUCCCGUGCCUGGGCUUGAUGACACGCAAUUUACGAACGAGUUUAAUAAUCUUAUGAAGGCCCAACAUCCAAAUGUUACCCGGCUGAUUGGCUACUGUUAUAAUGUAAAAAAUGAACGCGUUAAGCUCAAUGAUAAGUAUGUUUUUGCCCAUUCGGAUGAAAAAGUUCUAUGCUUCGAAUACUUGAAGGGUGGAAGCCUUGACAAGCACAUUUCAGAUGAAUCGUGCGGACUCAAUUGGCACACCCGCUUCAAAAUUAUUAAGGGCAUUUGUGAGGGCUUAAAUUAUCUUCACAAUGGAUCCAAAGAUCCUAUUUACCAUCUUGACUUGAAACCCGAGAAUAUAAUGUUGGACGAGAAUAUGGUCCCCAAAAUUGGAGAUUUUGGUUUGUCGAGACUCUUCCCUUCAGCGCGAACCUAUGUCACAAUCAAAGUCAUAGGAACAAUUGGAUACAUGCCACCAGAAUUCAUCGAGAGACGCGAAAUUACAUCAAAGUUUGAUAUAUUCAGUUUGGGUGUUACAAUCACGAGGAUAGUGGCUGGAUAUGACGGCUACUCCAAAUGUGCACGCAUGUCUCUAGAAGAAUUUAUUAAGCAUGUGCAUGAAAACUGGGAAAAACGGUUACAAGACACAAUGUCGUCGUACACACCAGAGCAAGUUACAACAUGCAUCAAAAUAGCAUUAAGCUGCGUGGAAAACACGCGUGAGAAAAGGCCUAAUAUUGCCGAAAUUGUUGAUAAACUGAACAUGGUUGAUACAACAGAAAGUUUAUCUACAAGCCAGAUCGCCAAGAAACGAAGCUGGAACUCAGGUGAUCAGUUUUUGAAACACCUACCAGAGCGGCUCAGCUUCUUCCCCGUUGGCGCGCGGGACGUUUUGUCGGCGCCGGCUGGCCCUUUCUCCCGCUUGUCCCCGCUCGGAGCCGGUGCCACGCUGGCGGAGUCGACGAAGAUGCUGGGAUGCCACGUGUACAGCAAAUACUUCGGCUCGCGCAAGGCGCGGGAGCGGUGGUGGCGAUCGCUGCUGGUGCUCUGGAUCAUCGGCUCCACGCUCGCCUCCUUCCACCUCUUCCACUACAUCAACUCCAACGCCGUCGAGAAGCGCCGGGACUCGCUCGCCAGCAUGUGCGACGAGCGCGCCCGCAUGCUCCAGGAUCAGUUCAACGUCAGCAUGAACCACCUCCAUGCCCUCGCCAUCCUCGUCAACACCUUCCACCACUCCGGGAAUCCUUCCUCCAUCAACCAGGUACGGCUGGCUCAACUUCUUCUCGCUCUGCUCUCCGUUCCACCUUCAACGGCGACGGCGGAGUCGAUUUAUGUUUGUUUUCGUUGGCUGCAGGUGACAUUCGCGACGUACAUGGAGAGGACGGCGUUCGAGCGGCCGCUGACAAGCGGGGUCGCUUACGCGGUGCGGGUCACGCACGCCGAGCGGGACCAGUUCGAGCGGCAGCAGGGGUGGAGCAUCAAGAAGAUGUACUCCCCGAAUUCGCAGGGGGAGGGGGACGCCGCCGGGGCGAUGAUCCGCGAGCCGGACGAGGAGUACGCCCCUGUCAUCUUCGCGCAGGACGCCUACAAGAACGUCAUCUCAUUUGACAUGCUCUCCGGCGCUGAUGAUCGCGAAAACAUCAUACGAGCUAGAGAAUCUGGGAGGGGUGCUCUGACUGCUCCUUUCCAGCUACUGAAUGGCCGCAUCGGUGUGAUCUUGACAUACUCUGUGUACACGUCCGAGGCCGUUGUAAAUGCGAGGCCGCAGGAGCUCAUCCAAGCUGCCAUAGGCUAUCUAGGUGCCAUAAUUGAUAUGGAAGCACUUGUUGAUAAGUUGCUUCAUCAGCUUGCGGGGAAGCAAUCCAUCAUGGUAAACGUGUAUGAUACUACUUAUGAGUACCCAAUCCGUAUGUACGGUUCGAAUGAUAAAGGCAGUGGGAUGUACCAUAACAGCUCGCUCAACUUUGGCGAUCCGUCUAGAAGGCAUGUGAUGCAUUGCAGGUGGCGAUGGAAAGAUGGAUCAAAGUUGGAUGUAUAAAACCAGACCCUGGGUGUCAAAAAAAUCCUUUCAAGGUUUGACGAAGUUCUUAGAGGUUGCGGUGCAAGAUAUGACACAAAGGGGUGCCAAAAAAAUAUGUUGUACAUGUUGUGUUU